GGUCAAUGGUUCAAUAAUAAAAAUGAACGGAUUUGCAACGUUAAAAGAAAUCAGCGACACUUUUAAGGAACAAUUAAAUACAGCAUCUGCAGAGUUAUUUACAGUGACCGGUCAUCAUAGUUAUGAAGAUGGAAUCGCAAAGAAAAUAAGAAAUAUAACUUUAGCUACAUCGAAAUUAAGAUUAUUAAAGGCAAAACCAUUAGCUUCUUCUCAAGAAAUCAUCCAGAAUGAAGACAAGAGUAAAAUUAUCAAGGACUACGAAGAGACUGCAGUUGCAUCACUAAUUGAAAAGCAAGUUAUAAAGUCUGUGACACAAACAAAUGCUGUUAAAAAAUUAUUAAUUUCACCUGACCAAAAUCUCGAUCCAGGAAUGGUAGAAAGAAAAUGGAAAAUCAAAGAAAUAUUAACUAGAUUUGCUGAAUUAGAGACACAAGAUAUGCAAUUACAAACAGUUUUGAAAGAAAAACAAGAUAAUCUUGAAACGUUAAGAACGGAAUGGAUUUCGGAAGUCGCAACAUUGAAAGAUAUGAAAAGAUCCGUAGACAGAAGCGGGGACAGAGAUUUAGUAAUGGAUGGACCUGUGUAUCAGAAACUUAAUACGUUAAUAGAAAAAAUGGAAUUAAUGCGUUGGAUGAUAACAAAACUUGUGACAGCUAGAACUGAGAACUACGACUGGUUAGCUGACCCAGACAGAAGGUUCAAAGCACUGGAAUUGUCUAGACAAGAAAUAUCAUUAGAUGAAUUUAUUAGUGAAAAUUAAAUUCUUACACCGGCCAAUUAUUGGUGUGUUCACCCUAAUUUACAGAAAACUUCGAGAAUAGUUAUGGGCCUAUGUAUUUAUUAAGACAGUUUUAGUAUGUCAUUAAAUUGUUUAUAUUUUCCUUCACAGUAAUAACAUUGGAUAAUGUACAUUAUGAGAUCCUAAAAUGUAAUAAACUAGGUGUCGCCCGCGACUCCGUCCGCGAGCAGUUAAUAAGCAUAUAUGACACGUUGGUAGAUUUACCAUAGCA